AUGGGACAGAGCUUCAACCUGCAGGGCAUCCUGCAAUCCUUCCGCGUCCUCACUUCCCCACGCCUCAUGGUCCCCAACAUUGUCGUCCGUGAUAUCCGCGAUAUCAACUUUGAACAGCUUCACAAGGCUGGGAUCAUAGCAAUUGCAUUCGAUAAAGAUAACUGUCUCACAAAACCUUACGGCCUCGAACUCCACCCUCCCUUCAAGGACGCGUGGAGGAGAUGCAGAGACGUGUACAAGGACCAAGUCGUGAUUGUCUCCAACUCUGCAGGGACCCCCGAUGACAAGGAUGGUCAACAAGCCCAAGCCAUCGAACACACCCUCCAAGUCAACGUCCUCCGGCAUCAAAAAAAGAAACCCUCAGGUGGCGAGGAGCUAUUAAAGCAUUUCAGCGGGAUCAAGGCGGGGAGGAUUGCUUUUGUGGGUGAUAGGGCGUUGACGGAUGUGGUCUUUGGAAACAACUAUGGGAUGUUGACCAUCCUCACGCGCGAUGUCGUCACCGAAGAGGGCGAUAACCCUAUGGCUCUCCGGAUCCGGAGGAUGGAACAUAGGGUGCUGGCGUUCUUGGACAGGAUGAACAUCAAGGCGAAGCCACACCCGAUCCCGAUCGACCUCCACGCUGUUGUAUUGCAGUCGCCACCGGCGCCCGAGUCGAAAGAAGAAGCCAAGGCCGAUCUUGCGGCUGAGGAGACGAGGAAGAAGAAGAAUGAAGAGGCUUCAGAACGGGAAGCCAACUUAGAGCGAUCUAAACGGGACUCUGUACGCGGUGAAAAAUAA